UCCCUAACCUUCAACUUGUUAUUAAUCUCUUUUCCUUCUCCCAAUUUAGUUUCAUUCAUUUUGUUAAUUGCCGUUAAAAAUUAGUUAAAUGUUAGUAACUAGAUUCAUCCUGAAAUCCUUGAGAGAGUGAGUGAGUGAAAUUGCUUAAUUUGAAAAAUAAAACCAUCGCCGUCAAAAAUAAGUGGGGGUGGGUCUUACGAAGAAUAUGGUCGUGUCGUCAUCUUAUCGCUGCUAUUUGAUUAGUUAAUUCAAAUUUACUAGCUUAUCGGUCAAACAGAUCAAUGCAAACAUCAAAAUCUUCCGCCGCCGAGAUCGUUUCUUUUUCCAAUUUAAAAGAAUAUGCCAUGUCGUCAAUUAAUUCGUGGUCAUCCCAGUUUUUCUCAAACAGACGGACAAUUUCCUGUCGACGCAGGGUUAUCCCCCUUCACCCAGACGCCGUCACCCUUUGCCCUUUUCAGUAAUCGGUUCAACGUCAAAAAUGUUAAAGCCAAUGCAAAUACGACGAGAAACAAGGCCGGGUUGAAAUCUGGAGCAGAUUGUAAACCACGAUGUCUUGAAAAACUUAAUAUUUUUAUACUUCCUCACACUUCGAGGAGGGCAAUUAUCCCAAUGUCAAUUAAUCGAUGUGGGGGGCUGGCAGACAGAAAUGAAAAUGGGGACGAAACCGAUACCAGAAAUGGGUUGCUGUUAAUGUUAGCUUCGAACAGGGUACAAAAACAUGAAGAUUUUAUCCCUCGCAAAUCACCAUUUUACGAAAUCAAUUCAAAUUUUGUAAAAAUGGAGCAAGAUGAAGAAUCACAGCCCCCACCACCACCACUCGAAAUGGUCCCUGAUCUUAUCAGCAAAGUUGAACCCGAACCCACCUGCAGCAAUGGCACGAUAACCACCACCGACGACGACGAUAAACGUCUUAUUACCACCGACUAUGAUCUCCUCCCCAUAAAGAAACGACGACUACGCCAAAUCAUGAUGCAAGAACAGCAGGAACUGUCUCUAGCAUCGUCCUCCAGAAGUUCUGCCACGGCGACGACGACGCCAAUGACUUUCUCCGGGGUCACGUGCCAGGAAGUCACUAGUCAAUGUUCUACCGUGAAGAACAAUCCCCCAGAACAAUUGCCCUCGUCCACGACAAGCGGAACAAUAAUCCCCCCACCACUACUUCCCAGCGAGACGACCUUAUCCAACUCAAACAGUUGCAGUAGUGCCACCACAAUUUAUCUGAACGGGACACCCGUCAUCCCAAUCAUGUCGACACUGCACCAACAACGAUUUUCACUCCCCCCGACAAAACCCAACGAGGCCAGUAAUAAGCGACGCCCUGUGUAUAUCGGGGAUAGGAAAAGCUUAACGUUUAUCGAUAUUGAAUCACAACGCUGGUGGGAUCGAGCUCACCUCGCUUACGCGUUUCAUCCCAAGAAACGAAAACGCAAAAUCAUCCGAAAACCAGAUUUCGACCCGAACAAACCUGUUGUCCCACCACCACAACCCGACAUUUACGAUUCUGAGGACCCCCGAUCACAAAAUUUCCAAGAAUGGUUGACCUCCUUUUAUCCCGAGCAGGACUUUUCUUCCAGUACAUUCAUCCAAAUUCCCACGACCAGCGAGGAGGAAACGGAACCGAAAAAUCUCCUGGAAAAAUUAGGACUCGUCAACCCUUUGGAAUUUCCACGAAAUCGUGACCAUGAUCAAAACCAGAACAAUACUUUCUCUUCGCCGAGUCGAAAUAAUUUGGAAGGGUCGUCCCCAACUCCGCCUCCGGCCCGAUUACCGCCCUGGGUCACGGAAGAAGGCCUCAGACAAUUCGACAUUACCGAUUUACACGCCGAUUAUCGUUGUCCGAGUGGACAGCAAAAGUUUCGUUAUGACUGAAAUGCAGACUUCAUGCCAUGAAUAAAAACCAGGAAAAAAUUGCUGGACAAUUAGGACCCACGGAUAACCCCAUUUCUCCAAAAAAAUCAUUGUGCAAUAUUUACACAAAAUAUGUACAUAAUUUUAGGAAGAGAAACCUCAAAAUUACCAAUUUACACGCCGAUCAUCGUUAUCCGAGUGGUCAACAGAAGUUUCGUUACGAUUAAUAAAAUGCAGAACUCGCCUGCCAUUGAAUAAUAAUCGCGACAGAAUUGCUGAACAAUUUCAACCCACCGACGACGAACCAGUUUCCGCAAAAAAUCAUUGUGCAAUUUUCCGAUAACAUAUUUAUACAUAAAUUGUUAAAAAGAAGAACCCCAAACAAUUCGACAUUACCAAUUUAUCGGAAUCCAAGUGGUCAGCAAAGUUGCCCUGCGACUGAAGUAAUUUAUGCAAUGUGUUGAAUUGCUGGACAAUUUGAACCCAACCUGUUUCUCCAAAAAAAAACAUUGUGCAAUAUUUUCCGACAACAUAAAUAUAAAUAUUUACAUGUAUAUUUUACGUGACUGAUUAUCAUUUACCGAAUUAUGUAUCAUCAUCUAGUGUACACUGGCCAAGUAUGUAAUUAAUUAAUUAGUAAUUGUAGAAUGAGAUUUUUAGCAGUAAUUAAGAAGUGAUCCUUAAAAUUAUAAUGAUACUCGAAUCAUCUAAUUAUUACCUCGAAAUUGUAUGAAAACAAUUUAAAUAUUUUAUUUUUACCUCGUAAAAAGCAAUCAUUACAUAUUCGUUGGAGGAGUAGAUACAUACAUAAAGACGUAUUAUGCAAAUUAUGGUGCCCUUAUUUUUAACUAUAUGCAAUCUUUAAGUGAUACUAAUUAACUAUGCAAUUUUAUAGCUAAUACAUAAUUCUUUGUGAGUUUUGCCCCUUUAUAAUUUUACGAAUUUCUUAAUUUUACUGUUAAUUUUACCAACCACCAUUUUAUAAUCCACUUCUUGUUAUAAAUUUCUUGCAAGUUAACGUGUAAGCCAUUUAACCAAUAAUGUUUAACAAUAUAUUUUAAAACGACCCAUAUUUUUACAAGUUCCCGUAAUAAAUAGAUAAGUUAAGAAAAAGAUAGGCAUGAUUAUAGAGUCGCGCAUCCCUGACAAAUUAAAUAAUGAAUAAAUGAGUGAAUUUAAAC